AUGCCCGCCCAUCCACCCUCCUCACCCGCUUCCCAGACGGAGGGUCUGCAUGUGGCGGGAGCCCGGAGCAGCAGGCGGGGCCCCUCCUCCCCCGCCCGCGUCUCUCAGCCCGGCGAGCGGGCGUGCCACCUCGGCGCCGCCGCGCCGCACCAGAGCGGCUCCGCCGGUGCCACGGAGGCCAUGCUGGGCCUCUCCAUGCAGAGCUCCGGCAGCCUCCCCAGCGACACCCCCCCCAUCCCCAUCCUGCGCUGGGGCCACCGCAACCGGCGACUCAACUCCCAGCCCGAGCUGGGCGCCUCGGAGGAGCAGUACCCACAAUGCUGGGGCCGCACCUUCCCCCCCACAUCUGGCCACAGGAAUGCCCUGCUGCGGCCCUCUGUGCAGCCGGUGGCCCGUCCCAUAUGGUCGCCGACGUCGGCCUUCCAACCCUACGCGCUCAGCACGGCGCCAGAGCCAGGGACCAGCGGAAUGGUGCCCCCUGCGGCGAACCCUGCCGAGUGGGCCCGGCCCUCCCGGGAGUACGCCCAGGCGGAGCACGGCACGGGAGAGCAAGCAAGAGAGCCUCGCCCCCUCUCCGAUGCCCAUGAAAGGUACACAGGCCUGGAUGCCCCAGACACGCUGCAGCGCACCUCGGAGGCUCACCAGCACGGCCCGGCGGCGCGGCAGUCGCCCCCGGGAGCCCCAGAGCCGCCCAAGGCGACGCGGCGCCAGCUGCUGAACGUACUCCGACUGCUGCGCAUCCUGGGCCAGCGACAGCAGAUCGAGGCAAGGCGCGAUCCCCCUGCCUACCAUGGCGGCUCUUUCCAUGGCGCUGGAUGUUGA